CUCCCCCAUAAACAACGAGGAGAAUGAUAUCAUAAUCGUAUACGAUUACUCAGAUCUUAGCCUCAAUCACACUCUCUCGAUUGCUGAUCUGAACACCGCCGAACGAGGCGGUGCAACCACCAGUUGAAAUGAAUGAUUAUUUGAAGGAUUUUGAUGUUCCGGCGAAGCACCCGUCGGAAGCGGCUUUGAGGAAGUGGCGCGACGCCGUCUCUCUCGUCAAAAACCGCCACCGACGAUUUCGUCAUGUAGCCGACCUCGAAAAGCGAUCGAUUCACCAGAACCGACUCCGCAAAAUCAAGGAAGAUUUGCGUGUUACCUUUAUGGCCAUGAGGGCAGCAAUGCGAUUUAUAGAUGCUGCUGCUCACCCUCAAAAUGUUCAUGAACAUCAUCAGCCAAGGCAUGUAACAUUUUCCGAAUUCACCAACAAUCCAGAUAAACUUGCAUCCAUGGUUCGUAAUUAUGAUGUCAAGACCUUACGAUCUCUUCGUGGAGUCGAUGGAAUUGCAGAAGCCAUAGACGUCUCAUUAGACGAAGGAAUCAAAUCAAGCGAAUUGUCCAUCAGACAAGAGACUUAUGGCAUCAACAAAUAUACCGAAAAGCCUUCCAAGAGCUUCUUUAUGUUCGUAUGGGAGGCCCUUCAUGAUCUUACUCUCAUUAUCCUUAUAGUUUGCGCCGUGGUCUCAAUUGGUGUGGGACUCGCAACCGAAGGCUGGCCCGAUGGGAUUUAUGAUGGAUUGGGAAUUCUACUCAGUAUUCUAUUAGUAGUCACGGUUACGGCUGUGAGUGACUACAAACAGUCUUUGCAGUUUAAGGAUCUUGAUAAAGAGAAGAAAAAGAUUUCAUCUCAUGUAACAAGAGACGGGUAUCGGAAAAAGAUCUCCAUUUAUGACUUAGUUGUUGGAGAUAUUGUCCACUUAUCGAUCGGUGAUCAAGUUCCAGCCGAUGGGAUAUUCAUAUCAGGAUACAACUUGUUGAUCGAUGAAUCCAGCUUAACGGGUGAGAGCAAUCCUGUGAAUAUUGAUGAAAAGAAGCCUUUUCUACUUGCAGGAACCAAAGUGCAAGAUGGUUCAGCUAAGAUGCUUGUUACAGCCGUGGGCAUGAAAACCGAAUGGGGAAAGUUGAUGGAAACGUUAAGCGAAGAAGGAGAAGACGAAACCCCGUUGCAAGUCAAGUUAAAUGGAGUCGCUACAAUCAUUGGGAAAAUCGGAUUGGUGUUUGCCGUGUUGACGUUUCUUGUGUUAACCGUGAGGUUUCUCGUGGAAAAAGCAAUGCACAAUCAGUUCUCGAGUUGGUCAUCGAGCGAUGCUUUGACUAUGUUAGAUUACUUUGCGACUGCUGUUACUAUUAUUGUGGUUGCAGUGCCAGAAGGCCUACCGUUGGCCGUUACCCUCAGCCUUGCCUUUGCGAUGAAGAAGUUAAUGAACGAUAAGGCGCUUGUAAGACAUCUCUCUGCUUGUGAAACAAUGGGUUCUUCGACUUGUAUAUGCACAGAUAAAACGGGCACGUUAACGACAAAUCAUAUGAUUGUCGAUAAAAUAUGGGUAUCGGGCGAAACAAAAGAUGUUAGAGACAACGAAGGUCGAGUUUUGUCUUCGAAGUUAUUAGAAGGUGUGUCAAACGUUCUCUUGCAAGGUAUAUUUGAAUGUACAGGCUCCGAGGUGGUCAAGGACAAAAACGGAAAAAAGAAUAUUUUGGGAACCCCAACCGAGUCCGCAAUAUUGCAAUACGGGCUGGAUCUUGGCGGAGAUUUCAAUGCCACACACAGCGAGAUUAAGAUGUUAAAAAUGGAACCUUUUAAUUCCGCCAAGAAGAAAAUGUCCGUGAUUGUAGCUCUCCCGGAUGGCCAAAUUCGCGCAUUUUGCAAAGGUGCAUCCGAAAUAGUAUUAGGAUUAUGUGACAAGAUCAUCGAUCGCAAUGGAGAAGCUGUUCCCAUGUCCGAAGAGAAAGUAAAGGUUGUUACAGACGUCAUCGAAGAAUUUGCUGUGGAUGCUUUGAGAACUCUUUGUUUGGCUUAUUUGGAUGUUGAAGGUGGUUUUGAUGGUCAACAGAACAUACCCGAACGUGGAUAUACAUUGAUUGCGGUUGUUGGAAUUAAGGAUCCGGUUCGACCAGGGGUUAAGGAAGCCGUUGGAACUUGUUUAGCWGCUGGCAUUACUGUUCGUAUGGUUACAGGUGAUAAUAUCAACACGGCUAAAGCCAUUGCAAAGGAAUGUGGCAUACUUACCGUAGGCGGCUUGGCCAUUGAAGGUCCAGAGUUCCGGACCCUAACUACCGAGCAAUUGAAUGAAAUCGCACCUAGAAUUCAGGUAAUGGCUAGAUCGUCACCAACGGACAAGUAUGAUCUUGUAAAGCAUUUGAGAGGCAUGUCUGAAGUUGUCGCAGUUACGGGUGAUGGCACGAAUGAUGCUCCAGCAUUACACGAGUCGGAUAUCGGGUUUGCCAUGGGUAUAGCCGGAACCGAGGUCGCAAAAGAACAAGCUGAUGUCAUCGUGAUGGAUGAUGAUUUCGCAACAAUUGUAAAAGUAGCGAAAUGGGGACGUGCUGUAUACAUUAACAUUCAAAAGUUUGUGCAGUUCCAGUUAACCGUUAAUAUCGUUGCUCUGAUGAUCAACUUUGUUUCUGCAUGCCUCACAGGGUCUGCCCCUCUCACGGCUGUGCAAUUGCUUUGGGUCAACCUGAUCAUGGACACCUUGGGUGCAUUGGCACUGGCCACUGAACCACCGAAUGAGGGUCUGAUGAAACGGCCACCCGUUAAGCGAACCGACAGUUUCAUUACAAAGACGAUGUGGAGGAACAUCAUUGGUCAGAGUAUUUACCAAAUGGCUGUCCUAUUUGUUCUCAAUUUUGCUGGGAAGCCAAUUUUGAAUUUACAUGGAUCGAAUGCAACUGCCGUCCUUAAUACUUUCAUCUUCAACACCUUCGUCUUCUGUCAGGUUUUUAAUGAAAUAAACAGCCGUGACAUCGACAAGAUAAACAUUUUCCGUGGCAUGUUCAGCAGUUGGAUAUUCAUAGGCGUCAUGAUCUCGACGGUCGUAUUUCAAGUCAUCAUAGUCGAGUUUCUCGGCACUUUUGCAAGCACCGUCCCCCUAGACUGGGAACUGUGGUUACUUAGCAUCGUGAUCGGAUUUGUGAGCAUGCCGAUCGCAGUUGUUUUGAAGUGCAUUCCGGUUGAGAAGGCUGCUGUUAAGCAACAACAUGAUGGUUAUGAGAUACUCCCCGAUGGCUCAGAACAGGUUUGAUCGAAAGCUGAAGGGGUAUUGUAUCGUUUUUCUUUCCUUUUCGUUAUACCGACAGGUUUCAAGCGAUCUUUUCUCAUCAAUCUCCUAACCGUGCAUAAUAUAUGGUAUAGUUUCUUUUGCUUUCU